CCCUGCGCCCUCUCCGCCGCGAUGGGUCGGGGAAGGCGGAGGGCGCCCAGGGGGGUCCCGGCGGAGCCCCCCCCGCGAUGGCCGACCCUGGGGGCGACCCUCGGGCGGUACCUCGGAGCGCUGCGGGCGCUGCUCGGGCCGAGGCAGUGGGCCCGGAGCCGGAGGGUCGUGAGGGCCUUCGGAGCCCCCGGAGGGAUCGGGCCGAGGCUGCAGGAGAGGCUGCGGGGGGGGGCCGCGCCCACGGGGGCAUGGCCUCGGGCCCCCGGGGGGCGGCUGCCCCUCCCGGUCCACGGCAGCGCGGGGCUCAUCCUGCCCACGCAGAAGUGGGAGGGCACGGGGGGGCAGCUGCAGUUUGCAGCGCAGCUCGUUGCUGGGAUCCUCCACUACCGCGCUGAGGCUGAGCAGCGCGACCCCCCUGAGCCGUGGGUCCGGGCGGUGUUUGGGGGCUGCCGGGUCCCGGGACCCCAACGGGACGGGGUGCUGCGGGUGGCCCCCGGAGCCGACCCCCCCGACUUCAUCACCGUCAUCCGCAAUGGGGAGUUCUUCCAGGUCCGGGCAUGCACUGAGGAGGGCUCCCCGCUCCCCCCCGCAGCUCUGGGGGCGGCCCUGGGGCAGCUGCGGACGUUGGGGGUCCGGGGGGGGGGCCCGGCUGUGGGGGCGCUGACCGGGGAGCACCGGCGAGGCUGGGGGCGGGUCUACGGGCUGCUGAUGCGCGACCGGCUGAACCGCGCCUCCAUUGGCCGCAUCCAGCGCAGCCUGCUGGCACUGGCGUUGGACGCCCCGGUGAUGGCCGACGCUAUGGGGCAGAGCCCGGGGGGCGGAGCUGAGCAGGUCCUCCACGGGGGUGGGGCCGGAGCCAACAGCUGCAACCGCUGGUUCGACAAAGCCCUGCAGGUGAUCGUGGGGGCAGACGGUUCCUGUGGUCUCCUCUACGACCCGGAAGUCCUCGAUGGCGCCGUGGCAGCAGAGAUGGCCGACCACGCGCUCGCCUUCUGCCGUAGCCCCGCCCCUGGCCCCGCCCCCGGGCUGUCGGUGCCCCGCCCACAACGCCUCCGCUUCUGCGUGGGGCCGGAAAUGGGGCCGGAAGUGCAGAGGGCACGGAGACACCUGGACAGCCUGGCGGCGGAUGUGGAGCUGCACUGCUUCAGCCAUGAGGGCUUCGGGCCGGGGGGGGCGACGCGGGAGGAGGCGCUGCUGCACGUGGCGCUGCAGGUGGCCUUCUUCCGGUUGCACGGCUCCGUCAGCGCCUGCGCGGAAGCCCCGCCCCUUCGGCCCCGCCCCCUCCCCCGCCCCGCUCUGGUGCUGCCCCCGGGGCCGCGGUGCCGCGCGUUGGCCAAAGCACUGCAGGAGCCCACGGCCAAGCCGGAAGUGCUGAGGGCGCUGCUGUGGGAGGCGGUGGAGGCGCAGCAGCAGCGGAUGGAGGAGGUGGCGGCGGGACAGGGAGCGGAGCGUCACCUGAGGGCUUUGGGGCUGACGGCGGUGGCGGGGGGGGAACCGCUGCCGGAACUCUUCCGGGAUUUGGGCUACGCCCGGGCAACGCAUUUCCGCCUCUGCACCUUGCAGGUGCGCUCAGCGCGGGGCUGCCUCCCCCUGCGGGGUCCGCUGGUGCCGGAUGGAUAUGGGAUCGGGGUGGGACACGCCCCUUCCACUUCCGGCCCCGCCCACACCACUUCCUGCCCGGAGGAGCCCACUUCCGGCCAAGAGGAUCCAUCUUCUGACCCCUCCCAGUCCACUUCCGGUCCCGCCCACGCCACUUCCUGCCCCAAAGAGCCCACUUCCGGCCACGGAACAUCAUCUUUUGACACUUCCAAGCCCACUUCCGGUCAUGCCCAAGCCACUUCCGGUCAUGCCAAACCCACUUCCGGUCACGCCCAGCCCACUUCCUGCCCCGCCCCCCUCCGCGUGGCCGUUUCCGCUUUCGCUUCCUGCGGGGGGACGGCAGCGGAGCGGUUGGGGGCGGAGCUUCGCACGGCUCUCGACCAAUUGGGGGCGCUGCUGCGGGGAGAGCGCCCCCCUGCGGCCGGGGGGUGAACACGGAGGAAGUGGAGGGGUGGGCCCGGAAGUGGAGUGGGAGGAACCGGAAGUGGGGGCGGGGAGGGCCGGAAAGGGGUUGGGUAAGGUAAACAGCCAUGGGUGGGGCAGGAAAUGGGGUUUGGAGAACCGGAAGUGGGGGUUGGGUGAGGGGAGGUACGAGGGGUGAGAUGGGAAGUGGGUUUGGGAGAACCAGAAGUGGGGAGGGAAGGGCUGGAAGUGGAGGGAUGGGGCCGGAAAUGGGGUAGUGAAGGCCGGAAGUGUGGGUGGGGCAGGAAAUGGGGCAAUAAAGGCGGGAAG